AAUUUAUUUGCAGAAAAGCAGAAUGAUCAUGAUGACCUGAAAGGACCAGAGGUGGUUGCCCCGAGGUUCAGCAGACAGAUGCCACAGAUGGUAGAAGAUGGUGUCCCACAGAACUCUCUGGAUGACUAUUAUCUGACUUACUCGGUGCUUCCUAACCUGUCAGACUCCUUCUGGCCUUAUAGGAGCACAGCCGUCUUCUCACCUGAGGACCUGGAUGUCUCUUAUGCUCGGGAUGUAACCAAAAAUCUUGCUGAUCUUGAGGACGAGGAAAAUCAAGACAUCAUCUGUUCUAGUAUGGAGCAGCUGGUGGUAGAAGAGAAUGAAGUCCACCCGGACUCAGUGGAUGAAUGUUAUCUGGCUGCUUCGAUUGGCCAUCAUCUGGAAGGCUCCUGUCCUCCUUCUAGGAGUGUCUCCUUCCCAACAGAGAAGAGAGAAGUUUUCUUGGCUCUAGAUGUAAACGCACUGCUCUGUGGUAUCAAGUCAGACCAGAGAGGGCAAGUGGAGGGAUAA